AUGCGAGCUCCUCCAAGCGAAGGGUGGAAGGAAAUGGGAGGUGGGUCUCAAAGUUCUGGCUCGUAUUCUUGUUCACAGAGGAGGAAGGGAGGUCCGAUUUGCGAUUGUGGCUUUCAGGCUCCACUCGUUACAUCCUGGACUGGUGAUAACCCUGGGCGAAAAUUUUACGGAUGUGGACUGUUCAAGAAACAUGGCAAGAGAGUCUGCAGAUUCUUUGUUUGGUAUGAUGAAUAUCAUGGACUAGUAAAAUGUGAUAGGUUUGAUGAAGAAGUUGCAAGGGAGAAGAAAAUUAUUGGUACACUGUUGAGGAAGAUUGAUGAUAUGAAGAAGAAGGAAAGGCUGUUGGAGAUUUCUUUGGUGACUUGUAUCGUUUUGAUGAUUCUGUUGGUGUUUGCUUAUGUAAACAAAUAG